CUCCGGUGUUCCGGUUUUCUUCUUUGCUGUGGAUGAGUUGAAUGCUUUCUUUACAGACUCAGACAUAUAUGAUUUAUCAUGGCUGCAACUACGGCUGGAGCUGCAGAACCGCCUGGAUUAGAAACCCAACGCAGAGAAAUUGAAGCUCUUCUCCAGAAUCAUGAUCUCAGCGCAGGCGACAGUUGGUAUCUUUUAGAACGACGGUGGUAUGAGCAGUGGAAGGAGUAUGUGGAAACUGGAGAUCAGAACUCCUCCUCCUUCCCGGGACAGAUCGACAACACAGAACUCUUCGAAGAGCUGGAGUCGUACCGCUUGAAGGAGCGACUGGUGGAGAACGAGGACUUUGUGUUGAUACCUGCAGAGGCCUGGCACAAGCUGCUGACCUGGUACAGCAUGGUGGCUGAGCAGCCUGCCCUGGAGCGCAAGGUGGUGGACCUUCCGAGCACCGUCAAGGUGGAGGUGUACCCCGUGGAGGUGUUCCUGUGCCUCCACAGCGACAUGGAGAACGUUCUGACCGCACAGUUCAGCCGAGUGGACUCCAUAAGUGCGAUCCAGCGGACGAUGCGGACGCAGUUUGAGGUCCCGGAGAGCGCAGAGACGCGUCUGUGGAUGAAGAGCUCGGACACGAGCUGCGAGCGACUGCGGAACGUUCAGAUCAGCGUGCUGGACUCCUGCCUCAGCUCCGGCAUGACUGUUAUCAUGGAGCUGAGAAACGCUGACGGUACCUGGCCUAGCUCCAGACCUCAGAUCAUGAGGAACUCGGUAGAGGAGCAGGACUCGUACAAGGGCCAGCCUGGGGUCUGUGGGCUCAGUAAUCUGGGCAACACGUGCUUCAUGAACUCAGCAUUGCAGUGUCUGAGCAACACGCCGCCCCUGACGGAGUACUUCCUGCGCAGCGCGUACCUGGACGAGCUCAACUUCACCAACCCGCUGGGCAUGAAGGGCGAGAUCGCCGAGGCCUACGCCGACGUCAUCAAGCAGAUGUGGUCCGGCCGGCAUUUCUCCGUGGUCCCCCGCAUCUUCAAGACCAAGGUGGGCCACUUUGCCUCCCAGUUCCUGGGUUACCAGCAGCACGACUCCCAGGAACUGCUGUCCUUCCUGCUGGACGGGCUGCACGAGGACCUGAACCGCGUCAAGAACAAGGAGUACAUCGAGCUGAGAGACGCUGAAGGCAGGCCUGACCAGGAAGUGGCUGAGGAGGCGUGGCGUAAUCACCGGCGGAGGAACGACUCCGUGAUCGUGGACACCUUCCACGGCCUGUUCAAGUCCACGCUGGUCUGCCCCGAGUGCAACAAAGUGUCUGUGACCUUUGACCCCUUCUGCUACCUGAGCGUGCCCUUGCCUGUCAGCAAGGAGCGGGUGAUGGAGGUGUUCUUUGUGUCUCUCGACCCUACAGCCAAACCCGUGCAGCAUCGCUUGGUUGUGCCCAAGGCUGGCAGGGUAUCUGAUCUGUGUGCUGCACUCUCACAAGCAACAGAUGUCCCAGCCAAUCAGAUGGUGGUGGCUGAUGUGUUCAACCAUCGCUUCUAUAAGAUCUACCAUGCUGACGAAUACCUCAGUUGCAUUCUGGACAGAGACGAUAUCUUUGUGUACGAGCUGAGCCGGGGGUCUGUGGAGGAGGACGGGGAUGAGAUCGUGCUGGCGCUGUACCUGCGAGAGCGCUCUCACUACAGGGACUACGGCUCGGGCAGCAGCUACGGGACCUCUCUGUUCGGCCACCCGCUGCUCAUCGCCACGCCCCGCAGCCAGUGCUCCCAGGAGACCCUGUACCAGCUGUUCCUGCAGCGCCUGGCGCGCUACGUCCGUCCGAUCGAUCCUUCGGAGGAGGUGGAGGAGGAAGAGGAGGCAGAUGAGGAGGAAGAGCUGUACAGAUCGCAAACCAACGGUGUGAGCGACGAUGAGGGAGAGGACGACGGGGAGAAGCCGGGACCUUCCAAGAGAAAAGGGGAGGGGUCUGAAUCCGAGGUGACCCAGCCCAACAACUCCACGGAACGGGCAGAGGAGGGUGCCUCCAACAGCGAGGGCGUGGCGGGGUGCAGUCGAGAGGAUGCCCCGCCCCCCACUGGCAGCGACGGCGUCGAUGCUGACGCAGAGGUUCCGAACGCGGUCGACGGGACGCAGGCAGCCGAACGCCAGCCCUCGGACGAAGACGAGGACGGGGAGGAGGAGGGGGAGGGGGAGGAAGAGAACGAGCAGGCCACGCCCCCCAGUCCUCAGCCAAACGAACGGCACCCCAAGAGGAAGUGCUGCCACGCCAAGCGCAAGAAGCAGCUGUUCGCCAUUCAGGCAGUGAACUCCAACGGCACCACGGAGAGAGUCAUGGGGGAAGGAGGCUGCGCCUUCUCCUUCAGCUCCCAACCUUACGUGGCCAUUGACUGGGAUCCUGACAUGAAGAAGAAGUAUUACAAUGAGAAUGAGGCUGAGAAGUACGUGAAGCACCAGAGCAUGGAGAUUCCUCACAAGCAGACCACGGUGCAGCUGCAGCAGUGCAUUGAGCUCUUCACCACCAUGGAGACCCUGGAGGAGGAGAACCCCUGGUACUGCCCGACCUGUAAGAAACAUCAGCUGGCCACGAAGAAGCUGGACCUGUGGUCGCUGCCGGAGGUCCUCAUCAUCCACCUGAAGCGCUUCUCUUACACCAAGUACUCCCGCGAGAAGCUGGACACCAUUGUGGACUUCCCCCUCAGGGACCUGGAUUUCUCUGGCUGUCUGCUGAAGAAGACGGGCACGGACGGGGAGCCCCCCAGCCGCUACGACCUGAUCGCCGUUUCAAACCACUACGGAGGCCUUCGAGACGGCCACUAUACCAGUUAUGCAAGAAAUAAGGAUAACGGCCAGUGGUACUACUUUGACGACAGCAAGGUGACUUAUGCAAGAGAAGAACAAAUCAUGACCAAUGCUGCCUACCUCUUGUUCUACCAACGACAAGACAAGAUUCGCCAGCCCACGCUCCCCACACCCCAAGACGGCUUGUCCUCUUCAACCCAGUCCGCCAACGAGGUCACUUCCCCUCAGGAGGAUGGGGGAGACCGAGCCACUUCCUGUGUAAACAUGGAAACGGAUUGAAGCAGCCGCCUUGUUUUUAUUUUAUUUUAUUUUACAUUUUUCAUCCUUUCUUCCCCUUUUGUUUUUUGUAUGUUGGCGGCGGGGCAGUUAGGUGUUUUGUUUUGUCCAUUUUAUUUUUUUGUGUUUACUUAAACUUGAACCUACUGCCUCUUUUUCUGCAGCGAAUAAGGAGUGAGGGGGUGGAGGCAAAAUUCUCAGGCUGGUGCACGUGCAUUGGGUGGGGGGGGUUUUGGGGGGGGCAGACAGUCCUGAAAUGGGUGAAUGCUAAUUACAAGACAUACUGAAGCUGAAAUCGCAAAUCCAGGGUGGUUUUCAUGUCCUGGUAAGUCUGAGGAUCAGCCAGGACAUGCAGUGUUUUCCCCCUGUGUUUCUGUGGGAGGAAAGCAUUCCUCAAUAGGAAAAGUAAGUCAUGCCACAACAGGUCGAAUGGGAUGAGGUGGAGUAGCUGGCUGGAAGCUUUCGAGUCGCACACUGCUUGGAUACAGGGGAACACAGCACAUUUUGUAAUGAUAGUCCAUUUUGGAGGAGCUGUGGAAAUCUAUUGAUAUGCCCCUGUGUGUACGUUAUUGACAGUAAAUCUGAUCGUAAUUCAGUCCAGGCAAGUCUGCAUCGCUCGUAUCAAGAGCUGCACAUUGCAAAGUGAUGUAAUUGACAAGAAACACAAACAAAACAAAACAAAACGAAAAAACUUAAGUAACAUUUGUUUCAUUUUGUUGUUCAAAAUUGAGGACAAACCACUUUGCAGUUUCUGGGCUUUGAUGUAAUUACUGAGGAAUUUGAGCUCUGUGUAUUGUUCACUUUUAAAGAAUAGAUUUUAUAUCUCGUAAUCCUAAGCCAGGAGUUGUUAAAAGCAGGUGUAACGUGUUUAUUGUGAACCUACUCGGUGGGCUCGCAGGAUUCAGCCGCAUCUGCCCCCCAGUUCCCCCACAUCAGGGUCUGAAUGAACAGAAAUGUCAGAUGUUGCAAUAUGACUGCUGUGGGCAGAACAGUCCGUAGCACUGGAACAUACUCGUAUGGGCUUCAGGCAGCCGCUUAAAUAAUAGCUUUCUUUCAGUUGCGUGAUCAAUUAUUUAUUUUUCAAUCAAACUUUGUUCAUAGCACGUCUUUUUUUUUUGGGUUUUUUUUUUGGGUUGUACUACUUGUGCAGCAAACAUUUGCAUUUUCCCCCCUGAAAAAUGCAUACGAGUGCUUUUAGAUUUAUUUUCACUUUGUUCUUGUGAUCAGUUUUCUUUUCUGAAAAGUAUAUUUUUCAAAUUCAGAUAGAAUUUGUAUUUUUUAUCCUGGUAAAAUAUGGCACAUGGCAGUUUAAAUAUUUCAUUUUAUUUUAUUCCUGUCGAAUUUCUAAAUGAUUAUAAUGAGCAAUGAGAAAUUUAUUUGCAGAGUGCUUUGAAUAGAGCUCUUUGCAUACUGAUUUUUAAAGCGCAGUUGUACAGUAUUUUUGUAUUGUAAUUACAGUUGUAUUAUCUGGAUCAGAUGGGCUGGGGUUGGGUGUCCUUUCAUUUUAUUUUGUUAAUAACAGAUGGAAUAUUUUAUUGUAUACUCAUCUUUUGAUAUGAAUAAAUGACAAUGCUACAAAUCGCGGUAGAUUUUACACUUUGUGCGAAACACCAUAGCUGCCAGCCUGUGUUUUGUCUGAGCCUGUGGAGAUCCGGGUCGUGUUUCUGGAGCAGGCUGAGAGCUGCUAACCCAUUAGCCGCGUGUUUGGCGGGCGUAGACCACGCUGUAGCGGUUUCCUUCAGCGAGGGAAGCAUCCUCACUCCUCUGAGCCAGUGGGUCUUUAGAGUCAAAGCCUAACACAACCUCCCAUGACCGGUUCAGUCAUUUAGGCUUCAUAUUUUUACACGCAUCUGUUGAUCAGGAGGAAAUAAAGCAGAAGAUACCUUUUUAUUUUUUAUGUUUUACAUUUAUAUCCCUCGGUCGGACUUUGUGGACUUCUUUUUAAAUCCAGUACCCUGCUCUGGUGUCUGUACAUGACUGCUGAGGUCAGCGGUUUCGUGAGCACAGACAAACGGGACUUCGCUCCGUGUGAACAAAGUACUGUAACCGCAGAGCGGGUAUCCUCUGCCGUCAAUGAUAUCCCACGAUGCACCAGUGCGGUGCCGCGUCUUGACCAGCCUUCAUUCACAUACGGUCUGCUCAGGGAGAGCGGGUCGAGGACGGACCAGGGCGGAUCACUGCAGGGCUCAUAUGGCAGGGCUCAUAUGACAGGAAACAUGGAGUUUGUAUUAUUAUUUUUUUUCCCUUCUCCCAUUACUACAGUCUCCUCAGCAAUAAUGUCUGUGCCACUGCAUCUCUAUUAUCCACAUGUUAAAAUCCAUAUAUAGAAAUAUAUAAAAGGAAGAUAUUCUCUUUCAUGAGAACAAUCAUCACUGUAGUCAUUAACUGGUUUGUUGUAUGUUUGGGAGGUUGCAGAUUUUCAGAAUCAAAAUGGAGUUUUCUUUAUUUGCCAGAUGUAAUGGGCACCGAGGGUGCGCAUGGCGAAACGGUUCUUCCUGAGCCAAUGGCAAGACCUGUUUGUCAUUCCUCAGUGUCGGCUCCCCUGGUGACUCACACGGGGCACCAGCGCACAUUAUCCCUCAUCUGUGAUGUGUCCUCUGAAGGGUUCCGUCUGUAAUUGUUUUUAGUUUUUUUUUUUGUGAAGCGUGCAUUUUUGACAUGCAGCCAGCAAACAAAGCUUUUCCAUCUUUUUUAAGUUUUCUGGUUGAAAUGGGAACGGACAGAUGUUCCCUGUUGCACAAAGCAGUUCUAAUGCACUGACAUCAGUCACUGCCUUCACCCACGUGACCUGCAGCAGCAGACAGGAUGCAAACAAUGCCCAACCUUUCAUAUUUCACAGAUUUGCUGUCCCCUCUGAGGAGCUGAGGUCUCUCUAUAUUCCCAGAGGUCACUCUGUUGGUGUCCACAUAAUUACACUGUGCAAUUAAGAUGUUGAUCAUCUACCUUUUAUUUUCUUAACGGACUACGAGGAUGGGGGGGAUAUUUUCGAGGCACACAUUUGCACCCACGAUAAAGACAAGUUUGAUGGUUGUGUCAUCAACACAAGUGCACCUUACUGCAGUAUAGCUAUGGAUAAGGGAUUUCCUAAUAUCAUUCAGUUAAAAUAUGGCAAAUUGAUUAGUUCAUGUAAGUUUGUGUAGUUUAAGUAGGACCAGAUUGUAAGACAAUCUGGUUUAACAAGUACAGAAAUACUUGCAGGUUUAAAAUUCAUGAUAAAGCAGUGUUAUAUGUUAGGUCAAAAGUCAUACCAGAAUAUUGAAAUCACAAUUUAAUUGUUGCUGGUUUUUAAUUAUAUUUUAAUUUCAAGGUUUAAUUAAUGUAACAUGGAUAUUCUACCAGCUUUAACAAAGUGUGUAGCAAUAUUUCCUCCUUAGAAUCACAGUAAUUAAGUAUACCAGUCAUUCACAGAUUCAUUAAUUACAAAUGUGAAAGCUCCAGUUAAAGUGAUUAAUCUGUUCAUUUGUGCCAACAAUGUUAGUUAAUUUAAGUCAGACUGCUUGAAAACAAAAUAAAACAUGAAUUAUGAAUUUCUUAUUGUACAUGUAGAAAUCCCAUACAGGAAAAUGAAAUUCUGUAUUUGUAUUAUCUUCGUUUUGAUGCGUUUCACCUUUGGACUUCCAGAGAGGACAUUACUGUUCAUUUUAAUCCAUGUAAGACACAAUGUACCAAAUAUAUGUACUUAUGUUGAUACAUGUGCGAUGUCUGUAUAUAAUUACAUUGACUUUUCAUAAAUUUGCCAAUUUUCACAGUUGAAA